GUUGUGUAUGUGGUUGUGUUGUGUUGUGCUUAUUCUGUUUACAUUCUGUGUACAUAGGUCUAAAAUCAACAGUGUACAAAUUUAUUUCCAAGUUUGCCCCUGAUUUUCGCUUAUGCAUGUCAAAUCCAAGAAGGUGUCAAGGUGAACUUCAUUUGAAGACAAUUAUAGAAAACCAACUCUGAUAAGUUGUAACUACAAUUCACAAGAAUAUCAUAAUACAUGGAGCUCGAAGAAUAGCUUAGUCACUGGAAUUUUUCAAGCUUAAUUCUAAAUGGUUAAUUAUACAGUCAGUUGUAGUUUAUACUCUUGAAGUGCAACACCAUGAAACUACUUACAUCUACUUUAGAUUUAUUAUUGUUAUUGAUUUUAAUUCAUUCUACUUCUUGUGCAGUGCUAAGAAACCGAACCAACAAUGAACCUGGUUUAUAUACAUCUGAAGAUGAUUUAUUCAUUUUAACAAUAGAUAAUUUCAAUACUUCUAUUUAUAACAGCGAUAAAGCUUGGAUGGUUGAAUUUUAUAGUAAUUGGUGUGGCUUCUGUAGAAGAGCAGUUCCAAGAGUAAAAGCUUUUGGAACUGAUGUUAAAGGAUGGAAUGACUUAGUUGUAGUAGCAGUAUUGGAUUGUGCCAAUGAAAGAAAUGCUCCGGUUUGUGAAUAUUUCGGAAUAACCAGGUAUCCAACAUUCAGGUAUAUUCAUGAACAUUAUAUGGAAGGGCCUGAAAACACAGGAUUACCAGUGGUAGCUGACUCUCAUACCAAUUUUUCAGAGCACAGAAAAAAUUUAGUUGAUAUUUUAAUUAAAGAACAAAGUGAAGGUAGAGGUAAAAUGUUACCAAAUUUACAGCCAUUUAAAAGUUCAGAUAUAUCAAAUAUAUUUAGUACAAAUGGAGGCAAUCCAGAGUUAGCAUUUUUGAUUGUGCAGGAACCGGGUGAUGAUGCAGGCCCUUCUAUUAUAAUGGAUUUUCAUAGUGUAAAGGAAGUAGUUAUUAGAUACACUCAUAAUAACGAAACUAACGUCACAACUGAAGAACUACCUGCAUUGUAUUUAAUUUAUAAAAGUGGUGAUUUACAGCAUUUGAAUAUAUCUUCAUUAAAUCGACAAGGAAUUAAAUUUAAACUGCGUGAAAUUUUAUUGUCAAGGAAUAUUGAAGUUCCACCGGAAGUCUUGAGAAACAUUACUAUUACAGAUGAGGUUACAGAAACUGUAAAUCUAACUCAAGAAUAUUUGGACUUUGAGAAAAGAAUAAGAGCAGCUGGUGAUACAGUUUUCCAACUAGAUCUGGAAAAUGCUCUUAGAUACUCAUUAAAAAGAGAAGUUGGGGGAAAUAAAAAAAUCUCCGGAGAGAAAUUAGACGCUUUAAGAAAGUAUAUUAAUGUUUUGGUAAAAUAUUUUCCAUUUGGGGAGAAAGGAAAACACUUACUAAAACACAUUCAAGAUUAUGUCAAUUCAUCACCAGAAAUAGACGGUCACCAUAUAGCUGAGCAUAUAAAACAAGCUGAUCAACCAGGUCAAAAUGUAUUUUCUGGAUCUGAACAAUGGUUAGGCUGUAGGGGUAGCUCAUCAACCUUCCGUGGAUAUCCAUGUGGGCUGUGGAAACUAUUCCAUUUCUUGGUAACAAACGCAGCAUUAGAUCCAAGUAAUAAUCAAGAUACAAAGCCCACUGUAGUGUUAGAAGCAAUGCAUGGAUAUAUAAAGAACUAUUUUGGUUGUGUAGACUGUAGUGAGCAUUUUCAAGAUAUGGCUAAGAAAAGAAAAAUUUUUGAAGUCCAAUCAUGGGAAGAAUCUAUUCUUUGGCUAUGGAGAGCACACAAUGAAGUUAAUAAGCGAUUAUCUGGAGAUGCUAGUGAGGAUCCUCGUAACAAAAAAAUACAAUUUCCCUCAAUUCAAAGAUGUCUAAAAUGUUAUAAACCUGACGGUAGAUGGCAAGAGGUUGAGGUGUUAUCGUACCUGAAAGAAAUGUACCGUGCUGAUAAAAUCAACUAUAUGUAUUCAGAUCCCCGGAUAAUACAUCAAAAGGCUGUGAAUAAUAAAACAACAGAUGUCGCCGCUGCUGCUGCAAUCUCGACAUCCCAAGCCAAUAGGAUAAUUAAUACAAAUCAUGGGUUAUUACUAGGAGGACUGAUUUUGACGAUACAUUACAGUUCGAGAUUGAACUAAAUUUACUGUAGCUGGGAGAAGCUAAAAAUUGUAAUAUAAAUUUUACCAUGUUAAGCCAAUAAAUGUGACAUACAUACAUACCAAC